AUGCUCCUCCCCCGAGAGCAGCCGUCAAUGGGAGGCCACGCCACAGCGCUGCUAGACCACGAUCUCAUAGACGACCCACCCGCCAGCAACAAUCACUUCGACGAUAUCUUUGGGUCCUCUCCAGGAACCUCGCCCACGCUUCGCGCCUCUGAGUCCGAUCCGAUCCCUCCGGCACAAGUCUCAGAUAUUCCGGCCCUCCGCCGCGCACAUGUAACAUCUGGCUACCGCGACGGCAUAGCUGCAAGCAAGUCACAGUACGUGCAAGAGGGGUUUGACGAAGGGUUUGCGCUGGGCGCGGUUAUUGGGGUCAAAGUGGGCUGGAUUCUGGGGGUUCUGGAGGGCUUGGUCAUUGCAUUGAACUCAGCAUGCCACAAAGAGCCUCCUGUGCCUGGCAACCCGACACCCAGUGCCCAGAACGGUCUAUCCACGGCUGAUCUUGAUGUCGACGAGGUGCAGGAGAUGCGUACCCGCUUCAGGAAAGCAGCCAGGCUGUUGAAAGAUGCGCGGAGGGAGCUGCAGACCACUUCCGUCUUUAGCCAGCGGUUUUUCGCUGAAGAUGGCAUCUGGAAGUACGAGUUCCCCUUGCAGCCGGGCCAAAGUACGGACGACAUUACCUUCCAAGAAGUUGCGGCUGCGCAUCCGCUCGUGAAGCGCUGGUCUAAUAUUGUCGAAAGUCUGGCACGGGAUUGGAAGAUAGAUCUCUCGGUUUUUGAUUGA